CAACUAAUUGGAGUCGAUCUUUCAACUUGUUAGACUCAAUUACCCAUUCUAUUAUCACAAAUUUUCAUUCACAAAGUGUUCUUCCCUUUGUUUUAUCGUAAAAGUAAAAUUUGUGUGUUUUUUUUUUCAAAUGACAUGUAAAAAUGGGUCAACCCGCCCCGCUCCAUACCCGCACGGGUUUUACCUGCCCCGACUCCUAGUAGCGUGGGGCGGAACGUGGAAAUUGAGAUACCCUCCCGCCUCAUUGCCAUCACUGGUGAAUAGUGAUGACUGAUGAAUGAUGAUGACGGAAUCCUGGGGUUGACCAAUGAACAGUGAGAGAGCAUGGCACAAUUGUCUAUCAUUCGCUCAUGAUGACCACCACUGGUCGAAAGUUGAACUUUGAACUUGAAGCUCCGGGGAAAAAAUGGCGAAGAAGAAAGUGAAGAAUAUAUUAAUAGAAUAUCUCGAUAAUUAUUAAGACGUUUUUUUUGUGAGAAUUAUUUUGUUCGGUUGUUUGUUGGAUUAUAUUAUUACAUUAUUCUUCCCCUGUCCCGCCAAAUUAACACUAAUCCCCAAGACUUACUGCUCCCUCUCUUUUUUUUUUUUUGGUAGAAGAGUUAAACGACAUUACUGCUCCCUCUCUGAGCUCUGAUUAGUGAUUACCAAACAAACAAACAAAAGUCCAUCCAAUUCCAUCCUCGUAGGCCAGCCAUCACCUUCCCCGGUCCAAACCUCACAAUUGCUUCUCGAGAUCUCCCAAAAUUUCCCUCUCCCCUAAAUUAAUGCCCAUUGAUCGUCUUCCAGUUUUGGAGUUUGGUCUCUCUCUCUCCAUCGUAUACUAAGAUCUGAAUAUUCUCUCUUUGCCUCGGCAACUUUGAUCUCCACGUGAUCGUACAAAUCAGAGUUGAAAAUUCAGAAUCAGGGCAAAAUCAGCACCCUCCGUUGAUUCAUCUCCCUUUUCAAUUUCAUGGUUUUUCCCUUUCUGAUGCAUCCUCCGUCGCCUUUAUUAUCUUCCCUAUUCCCCGCCUCCUCUUCUCUUUUCAUUUCCAUCUCCAUACCCGUCUCCACCAUCUAUUCCUCUGCUCAAUCAGAAACCAUUUCCUUCGUUCUUUAACCUUCCCCCCCCCCCCCCCCCCCCCCCCCCCCCCCCCUCUUUCGUUUUGGACCCUUUUUCCUCUCUCUUCGUGGGUUUCUUGUUCCGGUCAAGAUGAGUGUUGCCAAGUCUCAGGUAUGGCAGCCGUGUAAAAAGAAGAGGUCUUGAUCGCAUAACCGCACCAGCUCUAGGGCAGCCAGAUUCAAUUGGGGUUCGAAUUUAAUUCUGUUAAUAAUAAUAAUAAUUGGGGAAAGUGGGUCUUGAGGAGAUUGGAAAUUCUGUCUGCUUGAUUGCCGAUAGCCGACAGAGAGAGGCCAGGAGAAGGCGGAGGGCGAGGGAUUUUGUGGGGUUAAUAUGGCGACUAGAGGGCAUGGACACGGGCACGGACAUGGUGGAAGCGGGAGCAGAACUCGCGUAGGGAGGUACGAGCUCGGAAGGACGCUUGGGGAAGGAACCUUUGCGAAGGUGAAGUUUGCCAGGAAUGUUGAGAAUGGUGAGAACGUAGCCAUUAAGAUUCUCGACAAGGAGAAAGUCCUUAAACACAAGAUGAUCGCUCAGAUCAAGCGAGAAAUAGCAACCAUGAAGCUUAUUCGACACCCAAAUGUCAUCCGUAUGUACGAGGUGAUGGCAAGCAAGACAAAAAUUUACAUCGUCAUGGAAUUCGUGACUGGUGGUGAACUUUUCGACAAAAUUGCAAGUAGAGGGAGGCUGAAAGAAGACGAAGCAAGGAAGUAUUUUCAGCAGCUUAUAAAUGCAGUCGAUUAUUGCCACAGUAGGGGUGUAUAUCAUCGAGAUCUAAAGCCUGAGAAUCUGCUUCUAGAUGCUUCUGGAGUCCUUAAAGUCUCAGACUUUGGAUUGAGUGCAUUGCCUCAGCAAGUUCGAGAAGAUGGGUUACUCCACACUACAUGUGGAACGCCCAAUUAUGUUGCUCCAGAGGUAAUCAACAAUAAAGGUUAUGAUGGAGCCAAGGCGGAUUUAUGGUCUUGUGGUGUGAUUCUUUUUGUCUUGAUGGCUGGUUACUUGCCUUUUGAAGAUUCUAACCUCAUGCAACUGUACAAAAAGAUUUUUAAAGCGGACUUCUCUUGCCCUCCGUGGUUCUCCACCAGUGGAAAAAAACUAAUCAAAAGGAUAUUGGAUCCUAAUCCAGCUACGCGAAUCACUAUUGCUGAGGUUAUUGAAAAUGAGUGGUUUAAGAAAGGGUACAAGCCACCUGUUUUUGAACAAGCUGAUGUUAGUCUUGAUGAUGUGGACUCCAUCUUCAAUGAUUCAGCGGACACUCGGAAUCUUGUUGUGGAGAGGAGGGAAGUUGGACCUGUUGGUCCUGUGGCCCCUGUGACCAUGAAUGCUUUUGAAUUGAUCUCUACAUCUCAGGGUCUCAAUCUCAGUAGUCUGUUCGAGAAACAGAUGGGACUUGUUAAACGUGAAACUAGAUUUGCAUCAAAAAGUUCUGCUAAUGAGAUAAUGACACAAAUUGAAGCAGCAGCAACACCUUUGGGUUUUGACGUGAAGAAGAACAACUUCAAGAUGAAGCUUCAAGGAGAGAAGACUGGGCGUAAAGGUCACCUGUCAGUUGCAACUGAAAUCUUUGAGGUUGCUCCUUCUCUUUACAUGGUUGAGGUUCGCAAGUCUGGUGGUGACACCCUGGAAUUCCACAAGUUUUACAAUAACCUGUCGACUGGAUUGAAGGAUAUCGUUUGGAAAACAGUGGAUGAAGAAAAGGAGGAAGGAAACAUACAGAUUGAAAGCACAAGUUGAAACAGGUAUGUGGGUGAGAGGAAAUGGAAAAGUACUUUCCUUACAACUGCAAGAGUCAUUCCAAAAAAAAAAAAAAAUAAUAAAUAAAUAAAGAGCAACAAAACUGCAUGAACGAGGCACAUCUGUGCUUCUUUCUAGUAGUGGCCAUAUCGAACUGUUGUCGAAUCACCUUAACAUAUACGAGAUCGCCAUAUUUGGGGGAGCAAGUGAAACCCAUUUGACAAAAACUAUCCUUGGAGGCCAUAGACAUGUAGGAGUUGUGCCUUCCAGAUAUUUGUCAGCAGAAAGUUUGUUAUGUGCUGUUUCUAACAUGCAGCUUUUCCAUUGUCCAGCAGGUUUACUUGAUAAUAAAUGUCUGUUGACCUCAGCUUCGUCCUGGGAGCUGCAAUGGGAUUGGGAUAUCUGUCUACUGCUAGUACCUUUGGUUUAGCCUUUACAAAGGACUAGAAAGUUUGAUGCAUAUAAUGGAGCAACAAAAAAUAAUAUGUUGAGUGCGUAUAUAUUAUAGUUGUGGGUGUGUUGCAGUAGAAGCAGCUACUAAGAAUAGGCUGUUAAGACGGCAUAUUAUGAAACUAUAAUAUGAAGUCUGUGCUUGUAAACUUGGACCUGUGAAUGUGAAGCUGCCACUGUGGCGAGUUUCUCUGCUUUGUUUUGUUCGAGUGAGUAGGAUCAAAACUCACCAACCGGGAUUGCAGAUGGGAAAACAGUAAAUAGUGCGGUUUGUUUUGUCUGUGAAAAUGGGAAGCUGGUGAGCCAUAUUCUAGAUCAGAGAAUAACAAAAUUGUAUUCUCUGCAAGUUAAAAAAAAUUCCUUCUACGGUUACUAGUCUGUAAGUUAAAAGUUAGUUGAAGUAGAAAGAAGAUCUAGUUAGUCAUAUAAUGCGUUACCAUGUUCACACGAAUGUUCAAACAAAUCAUACUCAAUUGAGAGUCUUUUUCGUGCGAGUCACAUCUAUGAAGAAUAUGUUUUUUAGAGGUCGAGGACUGCCACUAUACUUCUAUGGAUCAUCGUUCUUGGUAACCUCCAUAAUUUUGGUUGUGCUUGUUGCCAAGCUAGAUUGUCAUUGGUAACAUUAAUAAGUUUGCUAAGUGAUACUAACCAUCAAAGCCCUAUGUUUUAUAACUAAAUGCAAGAAUGAGAUUAUGGCACGCCCAAGACGUAGAGGAAUCAACAUAAACUGAUGAAAAGAGAUUAAAAUAUCCGAAUGAUUCUCGCUUUGUAAUGUUCUUACCACUUUCAAUUUGACCAACUCCUCACCUUUUAACUGGACACUCUUAGAGGUAAUGACCAACAUAAGCUAAGAUUGUACAAUGGUGACUUUGGAAUGCUGUCUCUAGCAUGAUACUUGAGUCCUUUAUGUGCCUCCAAAGCUUAUUUCUUUGCAUGCACUACAUGGUAUUCUACCUUCAUCGCAAGCAUUGCGGACUUGUGGUUUGAAUUGUGUGAUAGGUUUGUCAUGUUUGUAGAAACUAGAAAGAGAUACUUUUUUUCAUAUUUAAAAGAUUAUCAACUUCAAUCAAAAUACCGAUAAAUAUGAUAAAUUUUU